UUAGCUGUUUGGUUACAGUUGUAGUUGUCUCUGUUCAUCACCGUUGUGCACGGAUUGUUAAAUUAUAAAUAAACCUUAUGUGAUUCUGAAAAGAACCUGUAAACCAACUUCGGUUAUUCGACUACAGAUUCUACGAAAUGAGUGAGAAAACCAUCCAGAGGCAUUUGACGAGUGGCGUGCUCUCCAAAACAGCUUCUGACUUUCGUUGCAAUGUCUGUCAGCAAAACCUCGGGCAACAGGCUCUUCAACACAUCAAUGGAACGCCUCACAAGAACAAAGUCUUUUUCCAGUUGAUGGUCAACCCGUCCCGAUACCCCAAUCUGUUCUCUGCCCUUCCUACCCAACUGACUCAGGCUCUCAAGAAAGGUGUGAUCCGAGCGCAUUCAUCGAAAGUUGAAUGCAUUCCAUGCGCUAAGUCGAUGACUGGGGAAACUCCAGUCCUGGAACAUCUCAAGAGCGAGAAGCACGCGAAGCAAGUGGCUGGGAGCCUGUCCAGCCCCGCCAGCGCUGUGGCCGCACCGACGCCUUAUUUUGACUCCGGCACUGCACUUCCCAAAGCAAUACAACAAGGACUGAAGAAUGGCUCCAUUGCAAUUUCAGAAAGUAAUGGAAUAAAAACGUUUAAAUGCAACUACUGCGACAGCUCCGUGACCGGCGACGUACCUCUGAUGCAACAUCUCAACGGCAAUCCCCACAAGAACAAAGUCAAGGAGCUUGAGCUGCGACGCUGCGCACAGCAGCAGCCGACGUCACAAAUUAUGUUUGCGGAUCACUUCAAGUCGCCGGUUAUUGCGGGGAUCAGGGCAGCGAUUCCUUCAGGACCCGUUGUUCCAGCGCCAUCACACUUCGCUGGUCAACCAUCAUAUGUGCAUUUUUCUGCUUCAUCAGCCAGCGUGCAGCCGUCGUUCUCGUUCCCUACAAAUUUACAAGGAAGUCCUUCAAGCUCUCGAAGCUCCUACAACAUCACCUGUUCUCCCAGAGGUUUGGUGGUCGUCUUCAACUACACCUUCAGAAGACACAGUAACCCGAGGCUCGGAUGGGAAGUAGAUGAAAGGAAUCUGAAACAUAUCUUCAGAAAGUUGGAGUAUAAGGUAGUUUGCCACACCGACUGCUCCAAGGCCGAAACCAUCAAGCGUUUUGAAUCGGCCACCGUAGAAGCCUCAGCAUACGCCAGUUUCCUAGCGUUCUUCUUGAGCCACGGUUCAGGUUCAUCCGAUGCUUUCUCUUGCGGAGGACAUGAUACUGAUGACGUAAUCUGUAUUAGGGAUUUGUACAUGCACCUUAUAAAUUCCAGGUGUCGUGGUCUAGCAUCUAAGCCCAAAAUUCUGUUCUUCAAUUACUGCAGAGGUACAUUGGAGCAAGAACGGCCUAUGUUCGACAGCGGUUAUUCUUGCGGUCAAUCCGAAGCUCCCAGAGACGUUGCUAUUGUACAAGCAGCUUUACCAGAAUUCAAGGCUGCAAGACGGGAAGAAAUAGGUACUGUAUUUGUCCAUUCUCUGUGCGAAGUUCUCGCAAGUGAAGCCAAGACCAAAGACUUGAUUGAAAUUGUGCGCUUGACAUCGUUGUCAAUGCAGGAAAAAGGAGGAUCAACGGCAACAGUGCAGCCUAUUGAUUUUGCUACUUUUUUCUUUGCAUGAAAGCGCUAAACGAGUUCAGCGUUGAUUGAGCAUCAUCAUUUAAUGGCAUCCAAAGAGAAAUGCUGAAACGUAGAAUUUUUGAUGUUAAAGGUUAAAAUGAAAGUCUUCCAAAUCCCUGAAAUGAUGUUGCAGUUUAAUUGUUUGAUGGACGGUAAGAGUCUCAAUGCAUUUUAAUUACAAAUAAAAUUAUUUCAAUUAGUUUAUAUCGCAAUACCACCCUAAUGUCUUUGAAGAACGAGUGGAUAGGAGAACCAAAGCCAGAGCAUC